AUGGCAGCCAGACCUGCAAAGAGCGUGCGUAUAGGUGUCGAUGUUGGAGGAACGAACACCGAUGCCGUAGCGAUCGAUCCGUCUCAGCAACAUACUCCCUCCCGCGGAGUCCUCGCCCAUCAUAAGAGCCCGACGACUGCAGACGUGACAGCAGGAAUAGAAACAGCUGUUCGAACUGUACUCGAGAAGUCUGAGCUGCCCUCCGCAAGCAUUGCCAGCGUCACAAUCGGAACCACGCACUUUAUCAAUGCAGUCAUCGAGCAAGAUGCAAGAAGGUUGCGCCGAGUUGCCAUUAUACGCCUAUCCAAGAGCUUCCUUCGAGAAGUCCCGCCCUUCUCGGAAUUCCCUCCAGGACUCACCAGCAUAAUCAAAGGCUAUGUUGGAUAUGUCGACGGAGGCCUCCAUAUUGACGGCUCAGAAGAGGCGCCGAUCAAAGAAGAGCAAGUUGUGGAACGAUGUGCCGAAAUCAAAAAGUUGGGAUUAAGUGCUAUCGUUGUGGUUGGAGCUUUCUCUCCCAUCGACGAGGAUUUCAAGCAAGAGGAACGUGUUAGGGAUAUCGUACAGCGUGAGAUACCGCACGCAGAUGUGAUCGUUUCUCACGAGGUUGCGAACAUUGGGCUGAUCGAACGAGAGAAUGCUUCGAUUCUCAAUGCUUCUAUUCUGAGGUAUGCAAAGAGGACAGUGAAGGGCUUCAGACGUGCCAUGAAGGCCCUUAAGCUUUCAUGUCCACUCUUUCUGACGCAAAACGACGGCACCCUACUCGACUCUGCUGCAGCGGCAAAGAUACCCAUAAGGACGUUUUCCUCUGGCCCGACCAAUUCGAUGCGAGGAGCCGCUUAUCUCACUGGUCACGAAACUGAGAAGUCGUCUGCCAUCGUUGUCGAUAUAGGAGGGACGACUAGCGAUGUUGGUGUCCUGCUGCCGUCUGGCCUACCCAGACAGGCUUCAGCAUAUGUGUCUGUCGCUGGGGUACGCGUCAACUACUCGAUGCCUUCACUCCAUUCUAUUGGACUCGGUGGAGGCUCCAUUGUGCGAGAAUCUGACGGCAAAGUCACCGUUGGCCCAGACUCGGUCGGCCAUUACCUUACCCGGGACGCACUGGUCUUCGGUGGCAAGGUCACCACUUCUUCAGACAUAGCCGUCGCGGCAGGAAAAGCUGAAAUGGGCGAUAGCAAGGCUGUGGCAUCUCUCGCCCCUAGCCUCGUCGAACAAGCACAGCAGCGGAUUAGGUCCCUACUGGAAGGUGCCGUGGAUAUCAUCAAGACGUCCCCUGAGCCUUUGCCAGUACUGCUCGUGGGCGGAGGUGCAAUCCUUGCGCCAGAGUCCCUCAAUGGUGCCUCUGAGCUCAAGUUGCCGCCGUACCACGAUGUUGCAAAUGCAGUGGGAGCCGCAAUCUCCAAAGUCGGCGGCAUUGUGGACAUCAUUCAAGGCGUCGCAGAUCAGUCCGUCACACAAGCUGUCGACAGAGCGAAAGAGAUGGCGAUUCAAAGAGCUGUUGAUGCGGGUGCUAUCAGGGACAGCGUGAUCAUUGCUGAGGUCGAAACAUAUCCAGUCUCGUAUGUUGCUAAUCAGCUUCGUACCAUCGUGAAGGCGGUUGGUGAGCUGGAUAUCAACAUGCAGCCUGAACAACUUGACGAUGAAGAGGCAGAUGACCCGGAUCAAGAGCCAGAGGCCGCCAAAGACUUUGCUGUCAAGGUUGUGGACGAACCUCCGGUGGACGUCAUGAAGUACACCCCGACGAUUGCGAGGAGCAAAGAAACUGACAUACUCGAAUGGGACAUAACAGAGACUGACAUCAACUUCCUUGCCGAUGGUUGUUACGUGCUUGGCUGCGCAGGCGGUGGAAGCCCAGCAGCCAGCCGCAUACAACUGAGAGACAUGCUCAGAGCAGGCCACAAAAUGAAAGUCAUCGACGCAGCUUCACUAACGAAGGACGCAGUAAUCUACUGGGGAGGCCACAUGGGCUCACCCGCAACUUCUAACGAACGCCUCCAGUCCCUCGAGACAGUCCACGCUUUCAACGCCCUGAUGGAGUAUCUGCAUCAGGACUCGUUCGACGCAGUAAUGGGCCUCGAAAUCGGCGGAGCAAAUGGCCUGGAGCCUUUCCUCUGCGGCUCCUCACGCUUCUUCGAUCGCCCCGUAAUCGACGGAGACUGGAUGGGUCGAGCGUACCCGACCUACUGGCAAACUACCAUCGCAGUCCACGCUCCAGGCGAAUUGGUCCCUUGUGCGAUCGAUUCCGGCGAUGGCAAGACGAUCAUCAUGACGAAAGCUUCCAACGACGAAAUUGUAGACCGUGCCCUCCGAGCCUCCUGCAGCGAAAUGGGAAGCAGAGUAGGCAAGGCCGCGAAACCAACAACCACCCAAAGGGUCCGCGAUUUCGGCGUCCUCAACACGGUCUCCCUAGCCUGGCGGAUCGGCCGCUGUAUCGCCCAGGCCGAAGCGACGAACACCCUCUCGACUGUAGCAGAAGCCAUCGUGCACGAAGUCGGCGGCGAGAAGAGCGCGAAGAUUCUGUUUCGUGGCAAGAUCGUCGACGUGGAGAGGAGGUUGUUCAAGGGGCACUCGUAUGGUUCCAUCACCGUCGCUGCUUUGUCCACCGACGAGGAAGAGGAAGCAUCGAGCAAGCGAAUACCUUCUGUGGUCACGACGGGGACGAUCAGGAUUCCGUUCAAGAAUGAAAAUAUUUAUGCUGAGCACACUGCUGAAGACGGGACUAAGCAGAUCAUUGCGAGCGUGCCUGAUCUUAUCUGUGUUCUUGACUCGGCGUCUGGUAGAUCACUCGGCGUGCCGGAGUUCAAGUAUGGUUACAGAGUGACUGUCUUGGGCAUCACAUGCAGUCCCAGGUGGUCCGAUACGGAGGCUGGGCUGAAGAUAGGAGGACCUGGGGCUUUUUGCUACAACGACAUCACGUAUAAGGCAUUGGGUGAAUAUGUAGAACCCAGGAGCGUGAUCGAAGAGUUUGCCCCUAAAUAG